AUGUCUGUGUCAAAAACAGAGGCGGAUGUGAUCUUCAACAGGGCGAACCUCGCUCUAGCACGUAGCCAACGUCUCAUCGCAUCAUGGCUCCCUCCAAAAACGGCCGAAGAAAUAGCCAACACAAAAUCCGAAGAGGAACUCCAGCGGGAAGAGGAUGAGAUAUUUACCCCAGUUCCAGAGAAACUAGGACUGGGCGCGGCCCUCCCAAAAAGUCAGGCGGACGGCAGCUUCAAUCGCACAGAGCUCAGCUCUAACGAGAAACUGCGGAAACAGCUUCUGGGCAAGAACUACAAGAAACCUACUGCGUCGAAAAGCUCCCAUCAUGCGGCAGCUGGGAAGAAAUAUCCCCAACGCCCCGUGAAACCGCAACUUGAGAGUGACGAUGACGAGGAUGAAGGGCGCUCGUCUUUAGGCGGGAAUAAACGGAAGCGGGUGACCAAAAUGAUGGACGAGGUUGGGACGGGCAUGACAACCACUUCCGCAGUGAGUGGAAGUGUCAAUGGCAAGGGCAAGGGUAAUAACACUGACGACGAGGAAUUACCUGGUAAAUUGCAGCGCAGCACGCAGAGAAGAAAGCCUGUCAGUUACCUUGAUAAACUCUUAUCCGAACGAUCGAAGAAGAAAAAGAAAAGCAGUAGUUAA